UACAAACACCCCCCAAACGAAGCAACGACGAUGAGCACAGCGGAGGAAGAUGGUGCGCCAACCGUGUCAGAUGAGAUGAGGGAACUUCGACAGGAGAAGCUCUCAUCGGCACUUGGCAAAGUGAAAGCAGCAGCCAAAGUGAAGCGAGCGCGUGCCCUGUCUCAAGAAAAUGCCGCGCCAUCUUCACGAUGGGCAGGAGAUGUCGUGCUCAAGCGAUGGGAGAUGCCACUGCUGUGCAAAGACUUGCAGGACGCAAACCUCCACAUCCCAGAGCUGAGGUUGGACGGCAAUGAGCUCACCCUCCAACAAACACAGGAGCUUGCGCAAGCACUCGCGUCAAACACCACGUUGCGAGUGUUAAGUCUGGCUGGCUGCGGUCUCGGGGACGAGCACAUGCAAGCGCUCUCGCAGGCGUUGGCGAGCACAACAGUCAAGCAGCUCAGCGUAUGGGGGAACGCCAUCGGGGACGAGGGUGCGAGCGCAUUGGCGGCAGCGCUGCCCAGUUGUCAGUCUCUGCAGUCUCUCGAUUGCGGUCAGAACCACAUUGGCGACACAGGUGCACAUGCCCUCAUUGUGGCGGCGCCGAAAUGCAAACACCUCAAGUCCAUCAACGUGUCGUACAACCACUUGAGCACGAGCGCCGUGCUGGACUUUGCAAAGUGCUUCGAAGCCACUGCCACCAUCACGUUUCUCGGCCUGCGCGGAAACGCCAAAGCGCCAUCACGAGGACUUCAGCGGACGAUUCGACGCGUGCAGCGCCUGUCACGGCCGCGUGUCAUCGACACAGAUGUGCUGCCGUACCAUCGCGAGUUUGACUGGCGGCGAGCAAGCACCCUGCGCAGCUACGUGUACCGUCCACAGCACAUCUUGGGGGACGAACUCAAGAUUCAGGCACUCAACCUGUCCGGAUGGUAGCACGGCGUGUCGUGUUUGUAAUGGCUGUUGUAUUCGUGUGUGUGAAGUGUGUUUCACGUUGACGCGUUGAUGCGUUGGUGUGUUGAUACGUGAUUUGUGUUCCAUUGCACGUUGGUGUGUUGACGUGUUGAUGUGUUGAUGUGUGCGGCUUGCAUCAUUUGGCACCAUGGCUGUACUUUGCCCACACCGCUUCCUGCUCUUGCUGUCUCCACCCCUCAUUGCUCGCUCGUUACUUUGCAACCAUUCGCUUGUGUGUAUCCUGUGCCCAAUACAACGCGAGCACCACACGUGCUGGUCAUGCUUAAGAGGAGA